GGGGCACGAACCCAUGUCCCCUGCAUCGGCAGGCGGACUCUCAACCACUGCGCCGCCAGGGAAGCCCCAUCAUAGCUUUAUUUUAAUGGCAUUUAUAACAGUUUCUCUCAGAUAUAAACUGUCUGAGGGUAAGGACUUUGUCUUGCUCAUCACUGUAUUUCCAGCACUGACAAGAGUGCUUAUACAGGUAGAUAUACAAAAAAGAUUGUUCAGUGGAUGAAUAUAUUCACUGAGUAAUUUCCUCCAUUAGACUGUAAGCUUCAAGAGGGAAGGACAUUUUAUUUUGUUCACUAGAGUAUUUCUCAGUGCCUACAGAACCUGGGAUAUUAUAGGUGCUCAAUAAACAUUUGGUGACUGAUGAAUUGAAUGAAUGAGUGAGAAAAGUAGUUUUAAAUAAGGAUGGAGGCCAGAGUAAGGUCAUUUAAUAAAGAAUUUUAUUUGCAAUGCUGAGAAGCUUAAAUUUUAGACUCCUUGGGGAAUUUUAAGCAGGAGAGUGCCAUAUGCAGGCUUACAUUCAAUCUAGAAGGAUCCCUUCAGCAAUUAUGUGGAGGGUAGUUGGAACAUUAUAAACCUAUUGCUGUAAUAUAGGAAAGAGAUCAAGCCCUGAUAUAAGGUAGUUGGAAUAGAGAAGACAAAUUCAAGGAAAUUUAGAAAUGCUGUAUGUUAGAUUAAGAUAAUGACUGGAUUAAGGUAGGGGAAGAAGGGGAAGAAUCUAGCAUCACUCCCUGAGUUUCUUAUUUGGGAGACCACCUAGAGUAGGCACUCUAAGAAGAAGGGCAGGUUUGGGAGUGAAUGAAUUUAAUUGAGGCGUUAAUUUUUUUUUAACAUGGGAAAUCUGGAUAAUUUUAUUGAUUUUUGGUAGAUUUAGCUGGAUUAUGGAUAUUCUUUUUUUUCUCCCUCACACAUACUUAAUCCUUUAUGUAUAAAUAUACAAAACCUACCACCCCUUGUUUUUUAAGAAACUGAUUUGAGUUAAGCAGUUCUUUUACUAGGGACAUGUUCCAUUUGAGUUUCCUGUGGGAUAUCCAGGUGGAGAUGUACAUAGGUAAUAUGGAGCUCAGUUGAGAAGGUCUGUUUCUGUACUAUUCCUUAUAAUUUCAGUUAAAACAACCUGAUGGGCACCAACACCCAUACAUAGGUGCGAACCGGCGUGUCCUUGGGCUUAGAGAGCGGGAGGUUCGGCUUGCGAGAGGGAACCUCUUAGUCGUGUACGGAGAAGGAAUGAUUUAAAAAUGGGUGAUGUUGAGAAGGGCAAGAAGAUUUUUGUUCAGAAGUGUGCCCAGUGCCAUACUGUGGAAAAGGGAGGCAAGCACAAGACUGGGCCAAAUCUCCAUGGUCUGUUGGGGCGAAAGACAGGUCAGCCUAUCGGAUUCUCUUAUACUGAUGCCAACAAGAACAAAGGCAUCACCGGGGGAGAGGAGGCGCUGAUGGAGUGUUUGGAGAAUCCCAAGAAGUACAUCCCUGGAACAAAAAUGAUCUUCGCUGGCAUUAAGAAGAAGGGAGAUAGGGCAGACUUGAUAGCUUAUCUCAAAAAAGCUAAUGCGUAAUCGUUGGCCACUGCCUUAUUUAUUAUGAAACAGAUGUCUCAUGACUUUUUAUAUGUACCAUAUUUAAAUUGAUCUCAUACACUAGAAUUCAGAUCAUGAAUGGCUGAUGUAAUAUUUUUGUCCUGAUUUAAAUAACAUUGGCUUGUGGCUAAACGAAUAUGGUCAGCUUUUUGAAUUUUGAUAGUAAUUGCGGUUCAACAAGUACUAUCACUGCUUUCCCUUUCUAAAGAGAUGAUUAAACUUGAAUAAGGAAUGUUAAACUUUUCAGGGAUAUGGUGAAGCCUUCUCAAACCCUAUAGGAGAUUGGUUUUAUAUUUAGAUUUCUAUAACUGAUUAUAUUAAUAUAUUUAAAUAUUGAGAAGCUCCCUUCACUGUCUCAUAGAACAGCAAGAGUCACCUGUGUUUCAAGCUGUGUUCAUUUGCCUGUUAAAGCAAGGGCUGAAGAUACAAUGACAAUGUCCACUUUAUCUUUUUGGUCUUAACUAUGCCAAUUUAAUUAUUUUUAUUUAUUUAUUAUUAAAAAACAAAAAACAUUAUUAUUAUUAUUAA